AUGGGUGAUUUGUUGCCAAGUAUACCGAAGAGUACAUUCGCGAGUGAAGUAGAAGGACACAAUUGGAGCGUUGUGGGAUUAGACGAGUACAGUACCGACGAGGCAUUAGCUGCAGUGGAACUGUUCAAAGAUUACCCGGAAGCGUUGCUGCGCUUCGCUUCGAUCUGCUGUGUACUGUUCAUGCUGGUCGGGAUACCUGGGAAUCUCAUCACAAUCAUUGCAUUGGCUCGUUGCAAAAAGGUCCGCAACGCCACCGCGGUCUUCAUUAUGAACUUGUCCUGUUCCGAUCUGCUAUUUUGCUGCUUCAAUCUACCUCUGGCGGCUUCAACAUUCUGGCGGAGAUCUUGGGCACAUGGCAGAAUCCUCUGCCGAAUGUUCCCACUUGCGAGAUACGCUCUAGUUGCCGUCUCCCUGUUUACUGUACUAGCUAUAACCAUCAACAGAUAUGUAAUGAUAUCGCACCCAAGUCUAUAUCCGAGAUUAUAUAAGAGUCGAUUUUUAGCUGUCAUGGUAGCAAGCACAUGGUUAUUUUCUUUCGGAGCAUUAAUAGCAACGUGGUUAGAAAAAUGGGGUCGCUUUGGCUUAGACCCAACAAUAGGAUCGUGCUCUAUACUGCCCGACAAAAAUAACAAAUCUCCAAAAGAGUUCCUCUUUGUAGGAGCGUUCAUGUUACCCUGUUUAGCUAUAGUUAUAUGUUACGCUAGAAUAUUCUGCAUAGUAAGAGAAGCUGCGAGAAAGUCGAGGGCCCCCGCUAGAGGGCGACCACGACCAGGACUCGAAGACUCGGCCGUUGGCUCAGCGUCGACCGCUUUAGAAAGAUCUCCAGGUCCUGAAAAUGGAACAAAUCACGUUGCACCACCACGCAGGGCACUUCUCGCUCCACCGGCUUUACAUUGUCCACCUACACCUGGCCCAGAGAGAUCAUCGUCAUCCGGUGUGGACACUCUAGAUGGCCACGACGAAGAAUGCGCUCUAGAUGCAAAACCUCGAACUCCCUGCGGCGGUGAUACUGCUAAAAGACUUCGACAAGCAGCAGUUGUACUAAAAAGAUCACCCGCUUCUGUUAGACCACCACGGCUAACACCGAAAGAUAGAAAGUUGUUAAAGAUGAUAAUGGCUAUCAUGCUUUCUUUUUGGGUGUGUUACUUGCCUAUAACUUUAACGAAGAUAUUUAGAGAAUUCACAUCACAUCCAGCAGCAAAUAUAGCAGGGUAUAUAUUGAUAUACUUAACGACAUGCAUCAAUCCAAUUAUUUACGUGGUGAUGUCUAGUGAAUACCGUCAAGCGUACAAGAAUCUAUUAAUGUGCAGGAGAUGGGCGUGA